UUAUUCCGUUCGUUCCCCAUCGUCCUCCUCGCACCAACAACGCCGCCAUCGAAAACCUAGAAGGGCAGUAGUCUCGCCAUGGCUGCCAUCGCGCCGGCCAGGGUGACCCUGCUUGAGCGUCCACUUGGACCUUGGGCAGGAGGACCUUACCCGCCGCCCCCCUUGAAACCCGAAAGCUCCUACGCCCUACCUGUGCCUCGUUCAUCUCAAGAUUUCUCCCCCGCCCCCGCGGCCGCAGUCUCCCCCGCCUGGGUUCCACCUCCGAUGACAGUUGAGCCUCCCUGGGCCAAGGAUCCUAGAUACAUGAAAAUGCAUGCUAGUCCUGCGCUUGGGCCUAAUCCAAAAGUUGACCGUCAGCAGUCCAUGAGAAUUGCAAAGAUAGCCUUGGGGUACUACAACAAAAAGAAUAAGAUCAAGCUUGAACUCCUGGAGGUUGGUCCUGUUGUUUCCGUGCCUUCUUCAUUUUAUCCUUACAAGCACAUGAACUUCACUGCAAGAUCUAGCAAGGAAGGUUCGAGGGAGCAGCUAUUCUUUGCUGAGCUGCAGUUGUGUUCCAGAAAGCAGAAUCCAAGUGGUUUCAAUGUCAUCUGCUGUGAGCCAUUGGGUUCUGACUCUACUGCGGGACGUUGGACCGGCUGGGGUAUGGACAACCCUCAGGGCACCUCGCUGGAGAGGAAGAGCGUUGACUUCACUUACUGCUUUGGAUGUGGUCCAGAUAUAUUUCAUCCUAAAGGUACAAAAUAUGUUGGUGGCCAUGGUAAACAUAUUUACGACUCUGCAAUGAUAUAAACAGAGCUCGCCGUCGCUAUAUGUGUGUUUGUGUCUCCUUUAUUUGGCCAAACUAUCUAGGGCAAUGUCCAACUCAAGGAGUGAACGUGCCUUGUAGCUUAAUGUUAUACAAUUAUGAAAAACCAAAUUUGAUGUACUUUUGAAGUAAUCAAUGACAUUGGGUGCCCCUCAUGUA